ACUUCAGAGGGUGAGCUGAGGGAGUUUAGUAAUUUACCGCGUUUUUGGGCUCCUUGGUGUCCUUGGGCAUCUUCCAAUGGGAAUGGAUUUUGCGAAAGAAAAGGACAGCGCUAAUGGCGUCACAGUUUUCAGUAUGGCGUUGAUGUUUGUGCUUGAAGGGAGCUAAAGCAAACAUCUGCAGCUGCAGCAGCUCUUGUGUUGUGAGGGUCACUUUUAUCUUGUCUCGCAGAACAGCGUUAGCUUCGCUGAAAACUCGGUAGAAUAAGCACACCCUCGUGCACCAUCAUCAAAGAGAGUGACGGAGAGAAUCGUCAAGAUAAUCUCUUCCUACGGGUGUUCUGUAGGAGACGUAAAAAACCGUGGACGGGAUCUAGUGCGCGUGUGUGUAGUGUGCGAGUGUGUGCGCGAAGAGCGCAAACAACAGCCAGCACGACGACGAGACCUUCGGCACCGAGGAGCUGCUGUAGGCCGCCUCAGGGUCGCCCUGCUGGCACGCGGUCGGUCUCGAGGAGAAACAGCAGCGGCGUCAGUAACCACGAGAACGGAAGGAACAACUGCUACGACAAUAGCAGCAGCAGCAACAACAGCAACAAGAAAAUGACGGAUCCCUCGGAAUUGCGCAUGAAUGUUGCCGCGCUCAAGCGCGUCGAUCCCUAUGCCAAGGACAUCCUCGAGACCGCGACCCACGUCGCCCUGUACUUAUUUAUCAGUGAAGCCAACGAAUGGGAAAAGACCGAGAUCGAAGGCGCUCUUUUUAUCUACUCGCGCAUUGGCGAGCCCUACAACAGCUUUCUCAUCAUGAAUAGAUUAAGCACUAACAACCAAGUAGAGCCAGUGACUGAAGCUCUAGAAGUGCAGUGUCAAGAGCCCUUCUUGCUGUACAAAAAUGGAAAGGGCAUCAUUUAUGGUAUUUGGUUUUACGACAAGGACGAGUGCAUAAGAGUAGCAAGCAUGCUGACAAAACUUGCCAAGGAGUCGUUCCAAGAUACUCCGAACAAAUCAACGCCAAAGAACAAAAAGCAGCCGCAAAGUGUACAGAAAAAGUCCAACGUUGAUAUAUUUAGUAUGCUGAGUAAAGCCCAGGAAGAUUUUAACUCCAACAAAUGUAACAACGUCAUCAAAGGGUCGAAAGUUAUGGAGCCCAAGUCACCCAUGAGUAAUGCUAUUAGUGAACUGUCUGGAGUACUAUCCGCUACGGCUCCCGAUGUCACGUCAAAGAGCGUUAUGGACUUCUUUGCUAAGGCUAAGGUCAGCAACACAGGACAAUACAAUUCUGGUGAGCAUCAGGAUUCAUCGAAUGCUGUUAACGAAGGAAAGCCGCUGUUGGCACGUUUGAUGUCUCAUCCGGCAGCACACACGGUCGAGCACAUUGAAAAACAACAGAGAUCAACUACCCCUCAGCCAACUCCUUCUCAAUCAGGAAUGAUACCCGUAAAUAAUCAAAGCUGUGAAAAUUCAAUACUAUCGAAAUUACAAAAGUGUAAAAUGCCAACAAAAAAUUCAAAUACAGUGGGACAUCUUUAUAACCAAGAAUACAGUGGACUGAAUUUAUCAACGUGCAGUGGUGCUAUGAACCGUUCGGAAAUCUCCACUAUUCCUGCUGAGGAAUCAAAUUCAUCUGGUUUCCUUAGGAUACAAUCUCCCGUAGCUACUCCGAGCAAAAUGAACAAUCAACACAAAAACUCAACGAAUCUUGAAAAUGCGUUUGACAAGCUGUUUAGGGCAGGGAGUCCAGUUACAGCAGCAGAAAAUGUUUAUCAGCAUAAUUCAACGGCCUGUGAUGACUUGUAUGCGCCGCUUACACCGAAAUCUUCGACCGCAGGCAACGACACGGCACCCGCAUUGAUCCCACCAGGUAUGUUUGCAGCACCAAGCCCUGCCGCAGACCUUCUCAAUCGACCUAUUGAGCCCCUCACCAGGAAUCAGUUACUUCAAGCCUUCAGUUACCUGUUACGCACCGAUCCCGAAUUUGUCAACAAGCUACACGAAGCGUAUGUCAAAUCCUUCAGUGAAAUACUUUCCUAGAUGUGCACGAAAGCAUCAACGAGAGAGCGCCGCGACGAGCCAUUUAUUUAAUUUUUUUUUUUUUUAUCAUUAACGUUGUCUUGUUUGUUGUCCAUGUAAGAGGAAGUCGGAUGAAAUGAACUGGCAAAAAACUCUGAGACAAGAGUUUUAAAUGCGUGAGCAUGUCUUGUAUGCGAAACAUACGUAGCAUUCUUGUUGAUGCUCCCCUCGUGAUUUUACGCUUGUGACUUUUUAUUUUGUCUGUGUGUGUUACACGUACGAACUCACCGUUUGUUCGUUGCUGGUGACGAAAUAUAUUGUAAAUGCAGACUCUAAAGUAUGUUGACUGAAAAAUGAAGCACGCUCUCGCUGAUCUACUGUUUUUUCGUUGAGCGAAGUUUAACGUAAAUGUUAUUCCUAUCGAACUAAACUUGAAUUGUGAUGUAUCUAUCGUCCCGACUUUUUAAAAGCGUCCUCGUAACUCGACAAAUGAAGAAAGCCGAGCGUACUCGAAGCAGUAUUUUUUUAUCACAAUGUAUGAGACAGAACGAAUGAGUUGACGGGACGCUUAAAUUUACUUCAAAGAAAACGCAUGAAGGGAUGGUCAGCACGAGGACUGUUUCGGCAGAUAGAGCGUGAUAUCCUGUUUGUCUUGGUAGAAGAACGUGAUAAAAAAUUUUACUAAAAAAAACCUCUGAUGCCAAAAGUAAGGAAGAUUUGUAAAAAUAAUGAAAAAAAAAAUUGAAAAACUUUUUUACUGCGAUGCUUCAGAGAUUGACGCUGUACUUACUCCGUAGUACGACAAGAACGAUUCAUUUUAUGAAGUAUGGUGCGCACCAGCUCUUAAACGAAAAAAAAAUGGAAAACGUUCUCUGGUUGCGUACAGAUGUGUUUAUGUUUGAAAUUAAAAGAAAAAAAAAGAAACGAUUAUCAACAGUAACAAAAAAAAAAUUGAAGAUUAAAAUGUGG